AUGCAACUAUUUUCCAACCUCACCCACUAUCUCCCGCGAUCACCACAGUCCACCGACAAACGCCCAGACAACUCAGAUAACCCCGCGUCUCAUGGUGUGGAGGAGACAAGAGAACCGGAGGUGAUCCCCGGGGUUAGAAGCCGCAGUUCGCUUUCAGAUGUUGUGGGCAGGAACUUUGCUUCUUCUAUCUCACGACGGCUCUUUGGUACAACUGCGGCUGCCAGGUCGGAAAUGCGGCAGCGAGUGAAAACCGACUCGGAUGAGGGCAGGCUAUUCCCAAGCUACAGAAAAUCCAACGACGAUGUCCUGAUCAAACCGGGGCAGACAUUCGGCAAUACGGCGAAAUCUAGAGUACACAAACAUGCGGGAUUCCGACCUGUUGAUCUCAUAACGCCAAAGGGGAAGGACAGCGGCCCUGUGCGUGCCUGGGAAAACUCGAAUGUUAACGGGUAUUCUCAGCGUUUUCCAUCUCGUCAUCCACUGAGCUCGCCUACGUUAUUCGAUGAUGAGAACCGAGCAAUGAAAAAACGCCGUCAUUCAUCAGAUCAGGUCAUUGAUUUAGAUGCAGACGACGACAAUUUUUUAUCUCCUCAUAACGACAGACGAGAAUGGCGUCGAAACCGAAUUCCUUCAAUUGCUAGCGCAGAGAUAGGAGAUGAGAAAGAAGUUAUAAAAGACCCUACUCAAGUGUUCCAGGUACCGGAGGAUGACUAUUCUGAAGCGGAAGACAAAUCGACCGAAAAAAAUGACCGUACUGAACUACGAUCUGGUACUAUUAUUUCAACAAAAAGUGAAAUAACACGAGAAAAGUCUAAGAAGGCAUCAAAGUUUGUUCUCAAUGUCGAAAGCAACGACGAUGGCAUGCCAGCAGCAGCAGACGACGUUGAGCUCAAAAGUCAGAUAGCUCAGCGUUCGAAUAGCGAUCACUGGGAUUCAGAUGGUAGCGAGAGCCCAGAUGAACUACAAAAGGAUAUAACUGUUGGAACGUAUUCUAGACAUUUCGGCUCACAUCAACGGGGUGUCAAGUCGGAAUUAUCUCUGAACGACCGCGACGAAGAUGUCAAACGGAUAAAUCGAAGACAGUCUCCCAAUGAUAUUCGACCGACAGUUUUCAAUACAUCGAAUAGAACCCCAGGUAAAAAGCAGUCUAAAAUUCAACGAACGGCAAAAUCACAUCGACACCUUUUCGAAAUCCAGUUUUUCAGAUAUGGCGAUGUUGAGGUCGAAGAUCGAAACAUGCAACUGUUCCUUGACGGAGCAAACAAUACCAUCGGAUUGCUUGCUGCUGACCAACGUCCCCUCUCAAAAACUAUACCUAUACACCGAGUUGUACAAGUAUUGAUAGGCAUCGAUGGCAGUUUGAAAUGCCGCUUCAAACUUUCAAAGAUCGAAGGUACCUUUAACCAUGACUCUGUCGAUAUUGAAUUCGGAAAUGAAGCAGACAAAAAUCAGCUUUGCACUUUGCUCAAAAAGAAAGGCAUCAAUCUUCUGAUGAAACAAGGAAGCUGGAUGGACAAAGCUUUCAAUAACGUGCUGAAGGUUGAGCCGCGUCGUGACAAGCGACCCAGUGCAGAGAUAAGUCCUGGGUCUCAAAACGAUGGACAGCCUGAGCCAGCAAAGCGACAAAGGCUAUCGGCGACAUUGCAAGGCGAGGAUUAUUUUACCGGUGGUAUCAGACAGCCAUCACGCCGCGUACCUUUGAACACAAAAUCAGAGUCCAUUUCAGGUCGAACAAUUGGGAAUGAUGAAGAGAAGAAAUACCAAGCUUCGUCUAAAAACCGUCAAACACGAUCCAAGACCCGCCAAGCUUUAGUAGACUUGGUCGAAAAUGAGCCCGCCACCACUACAUACAAUGUUCCCUCCGGUAAUGGCAUUUGGUCUAAGCCGCUUGUGUAUCCACGCGAGGGGAAGAAGAAGGCGGAAGUCGACAGUUACGACCUUGAGCGUUUACGCGAUGGUGAAUUUCUAAAUGAUAACCUCAUAGGCUUCUACCUUCGUUUCUUGGAACAUCAUCUUGAACGAAAUAAUCCGGAGGUGGCCAAACGGGUUUACUUUUUCAAUUCGUACUUUUUUGCGACUCUCACGAGCUCUCCAAAGGGGAAGAAGGGCGUCAAUUACGAGGCUGUACAAAAAUGGACUAGAAAUGUCGAUUUGUUCAGCCAUGACUAUGUUAUCGUCCCUAUCAAUGAGAAUGCCCAUUGGUAUCUGGCAAUAAUCUGCAAUCUUGGCUUCCUGAAAAAAUGUGAAGAGGAUAUUGAGCCUGAUGUAUCUCAGAAGACUACCUUGCAUCAGCAAUUAAUCGACAAUGAUGAAAUUCCCGAGACUCCGCCCCAUGAGAGGUCUACUCCUGAGGAAAGCGCCCGUGAUUCCUUUGCUUCCAUGAAAAUUAGUCCCAAUAUGCCUGGUUCACAAUCCCGACAGGUGCGCGACUCUGAUGAUGAGUGGCCAGAGAAGGAAGAAAACCACGCCACACCGCCUGCCACAUUUCAAAACAAAACAUCUUCUGGGGGUUUUGAAUUGAAAUCAGCUAAGAAAGGCCCCGAGAAGGCAAAAAAACCAAAAAGAACAGGCCCGCUGUACUCCGUUGAUCAGCCAACUAUUGUCACAUUCGACUCCCUCGGGUUGGGAAGAAGUCCGGCUGUAAAAUUCUUGCGAUCCUACUUGUUGGAGGAAGCUAGUGCAAAACAAUCCCUGGAGCUCUCUACUAAGGAUAUCAAAGGUAUGACGGCAAAAGAGAUCCCAUUGCAACCAAAUUAUUCCGAUUGUGGGCUCUACCUGCUCGCAUACCUGGAAAAGUUCGUGCAGGAUCCCGACGCGUUUAUUAGAAAAUUGCUUCAAAGGGAAAUGAGCGCAGAAGAUGAUUGGCCUGCUUUGAAGUCCGGGUUGUUGCGACGGAGACUACGUGACUUUCUCUUUGAGUUACACGAAGAACAAGAGACUUCUGGAGACAAUGCUUUAGUUGAUGCGCGACCAGUAUCUUAUCUAUUGGGACCAUCAAAUACGGGGCCAGCUAAUAACGUGGAAUUUGCAAGAUCUGCCCAUGUUGCGGAGUCUGAGGUUGUUCCUGGCUCUAUCCAGGAAGAAUCUAAUACAAAUGAUAAUCCGGCUUUGAGUUAUGAUUCUACUGGUGAAGCCGUCGUGCGAGAAACGCAGUUGAGACAGAACCAAGACGCACUGACGACGCCUGAGCUCCAGCAUGAAUCCAAGGUAGAUGGCCAUCAGAGAACAGGCAAUACCACCGAGGACCAUCAUGGGAAGAAAGUGGCUCAGCUGCCCCAGACGUUCGAACGUAAAUCGACUACAAAAUCCGCGAAACCCGGUCAUUCCCCUGCACAAGCUACGUCAAAUUUCGAAGCUGGUUCGAAUUCUGAAAGGCGUAUCCAAGCUGAGACAGAUAUAUUCGAUGAUAUGUAUGAUUUUCUGAGCCAGGAGAUCCCUGUACCGAAAAAUACUAUAGAAGUACAAAUCCCUACCAUCCAGGUACCUAGGACACCACCACCGGUAACGGAAAGGACUGAAGAGGUAAAGUCUAGUCCUAGACGAGGUAAAUCUAGGAAGAAAGGCUUCUAA